CAUCAACCAAAGUCCAAAACACCACUUGUAUCUCUUCCUUCUGGGUGGAGAGCAGAGAGAGUUCGUUGUAGUGCACAGAAAGCAAAAGCUAGUUUGGAGAGACGCAGCAGAACCAUAUCGAGAUUUGAAGCAACGGCAAGAACAACAACAACAACAACAACAACAACAAAAAAACAUACCACACCACCUUUGAGGCAAAUGCUGAGUUGGGUUUUCUCCUUCUGGCGCAAAAAACUCUGGCUUGGCUUUCAAGCUCCAGUCAUCAAUAUAAAGAAACAGAGAGAGAUCGAUGUUAAAGAAAGCGAACGCACCAGGAUGAUCAACAACAGCAGCAUUGGUAGCAGCAGCAGCGAGAGAACAAUGUCAGUGGAACAAGAGAAUGGCGAGAUCAGCAAUCAUCAGCAUCAUAAAGACGAGGGGCUAGACGAUGAGGCCUCGAGGGUGGCGAUGCUGGCUGCGCUCCAGGCCAAGGAAGAAGAGAUCGAGAGGAGGAAAAUGGCUGUAAAGGGGAGGGUGGAGCUCGAGCUAGGACGCGUCGAAGAGGAGACCAAAAAGCUUGUCCAUAUCUGGGAGGAGAUCCAAGUGAUGGAAGACCCAAUGAAGAAAGAGGUGGCAAUGCUGCGCAAGAAGGUCGAUUUGGCGAAUAGAGAGGUCAAGGGCUUAGCUCAGAGCUCCCAGAAGAAGGAGAAGGAAUACAAAGAAGUACUGGAAGCUUUCAAUGAGAAGAGCAAAGAGAAGUCUGCUUUGGUUGCGACAUUAAAGGAUCUGCUAGCGAGAAGUGAAAGCUUGAGGAUGAAGAAACUGGAGGAACUGAGCAAGUUCGUCGAAUCCACUGACUGAAAACUGUGAUUCUAUAGAU